CUUUUUUUCUCGAUUUCUUCUUGCUCUCCUGUGUUCUCAGCUAACUUCAACUACAGUAUUACUACAACCCUUCUUUCAUCGCCUCCCUAGAAGUCAUUUUUUCAAAUUUCCUACCAAUAUCCACAAAUCAAGGGUUUACAAGCAAGAUUUUUAAACAUAUCCAAGUCCUAUUGAGUAUUUUCAUCUGGGUUUAAUUUUUAAUUUUAGAAUUUUUAGAGUAUGCUCUAACAGGGUGAUUUCUUUCGAUUUCUUUGUUUUAUUUUUUCUUUGAAAUCUUACAAUGCCAGUAUCAACAAGGUCACAGAUUUUUGGUGUACAAGAAGAAUCAAAUACGAUUCAACGGACACGAAGUCGUUCAAAUCAAGUACAAGAAGAUCCAAAAGCAGAUCCAUCACCAUUAAGAAACCCACAUCAUGGAUUAAAAGAAAAGAUGAAAGCUUUAACUCUCUUAUAUGAGCAACAAAAAAGAUCUUCAUCUUCUUUUAAGAUCCCAACUGUGAUGAAAGUAAAAGAAGACAAUAAAGAGGAUCAAAGGGUUUCAAAUCAAGAAACAAAGAUGUUUGGUUUUGGUAAAAAACAAGAUCGAGAAACAAAAUCGGAGACAGUAAUGAGAGAAAAUUUAUUACCAAAUUCAAAUUCAAAUGUAGUUGUACUACCUACUAGUGUUGCUGAUGAAGACUCAAAAGAAAAUAUUAUCGGGUUAGAUAAAAUUUUGGGAUUUUCUUGCCCUCCAAAAGGGGGAAUUUUGACUAACACAGUUGCACGGAAACUUUCAAUGGGAGGUUUAGUUCCACAAUCAGAACCAAAAGCAGGGUUAAUAGGGGGUGGUGGGAUUAAAUCUGGCCUAGAGUUAAAAACUAUUACUGAGAAUUCAUCAACAGUGGGUAGUAGAAUUCUUGUUUUUGUUAGGGUUAGACCUAUGGCUAAGAAAGAGAAAGAAGCUGGAUCCAGGAAUUGUGUCCGGAUAGUUAAUCGACGUGAGGUUUAUCUCACUGAAUUCGCUUCUGAGAAGGAUUAUCUACGUUUGAAGAGGCUUCGAGGUCGUCAUUUCACAUUUGAUGCUUCCUUUCCUGAUCCAACUCCACAACAAGAUGUUUACUCCUCAACAACAGCAGAACUGGUGGAAGGAGUUCUCCAGGGAAAGAAUGGGUCAGUCUUCUGUUACGGCCCAACCGGAGCUGGGAAGACUUAUACAAUGUUGGGAACAAUGGAUAAUCCGGGAGUGAUGGUAUUGGCAAUUAAAGACUUAUUUGCAAAGAUUCGUCAGAGGAGCUGUGAUGGUAAUCAUGUAGUUCAUCUCUCCUACCUUGAGGUCUAUAAUGAAAUGGUUAGGGAUCUGCUGUCCCCUGGGAGGCCAUUGGUUCUGAGGGAAGAUAAACAGGGGAUCGUAGCGGCAGGCCUUACUCAAUAUAGAGCUUAUUCAACUGAUGAGGUCAUGGCAUUGCUUCAACAAGGAAAUAAAAAUAGAACUACAGAACCCACUCGAGCCAAUGAGACCUCUUCCCGUUCUCAUGCAAUUCUCCAGGUUGUAGCAGAAUACAGAGUUAGACACGCCUCAAUGAAUGUCGUCAAUCGAGUGGGAAAGCUCUCGCUUAUUGAUCUAGCGGGAUCAGAGCGAGCUCUUGCUACUGAUCAGAGAACACUGAGAUCUCUGGAAGGUGCCAACAUUAACCGGUCUCUCCUCGCACUAAGCAGCUGCAUCAAUGCACUUGUAGAGGGCAAGAAACAUAUCCCUUACCGCAAUUCCAAGCUUACUCAACUACUCAAGGAUUCCUUAGGAGGAGUCUGCAAUACUGUCAUGAUUGCCAAUAUUAGCCCAAGCAAUAUCUCCUUUGGUGAGACCCAGAAUACUCUGCACUGGGCUGAUCGCGCCAAAGAGAUUCGUACCAAGGCAUGUCAGGCAGAUGAAGAGAUAAUGCUAGUUCCAGAAACGGAGACCGACCAGGCAAAACUUUUGCUCGAGUUGCAGAAAGAUAAUCGUGAACUGCGAAUUCAAUUGGCACGGCAGCAACAAAAAUUAUUAACUGUUCAAGCUCAAUCUUUGGCAGGAAAUUCCUCUCCAGCACCAUCAUCAGUUAGCUCUCUCAUGACUCCACCUCCUUCAAUCCAACCAAAUGAGAGAAAAAGAACCAAGUCAUCCAUAUUUGCCAGAAAUUGCUUCAACACACCAGAGUCGAAGAAAAAAGCAGACACUAAUGAGACUAUACGAGAGCUCAAGGAGAAUGUAAAAGCAUUAGAAGCAGAGAUGGAAAAGAUGAAAAGGGAACAUUUACUGCAGAUAAAACAGAAGAAUGAUUUCAUUCGAGAACUUUCCAGGAAAUGCAAUAAUAGACCAUCUGAACCUGUAGUAGUUGAAGGAGCAAAGAGAAUAGUUACACGGGCAAGCUUAAGACCGAAGGAUUCAACAAGGAGCGAAAUGAAGAGUCCUGAUCGUCGGUUAACACGAGCAACAAAGGAGUCACUAGGGGGUGAACUAAAGAGCCCCAAUCACCGUUUUCUAUCACCAGCUCCUUCAGCUAAGAAGAGGAGCAUUUGGGAUAUCACAACUGCUAAUAGCCCAUCAAUUACAACAUUAAAUGGAAGAAAAACAAGAAGCCAUGUUGCCGCUGAACCCGCACCGGCUCCUUCCAUGCUGCUUCAGCUUGCAUAUCCAUGUUUCUGCUUUGUGCUAAUGUUGGGACCACACGUCGUCAAUUAUGUACUUCAGCCAGGAUUCGCUCGUGAAAGGGGAACUGGUCCUUCAAGGUGAUAAGGAAAGAAAGUCGACAAUUUGAUUAACGCCAUGCGGAAAGGUGUAGUCUUGGAAGUUGUUUUCCUUCUCCAGAAUCCAGAUUCUCUCAACUCGAGCUGCUGAGUUUUAAGAAGGAAGCUGCACGCGCAGACUGAUCGGUUGGCGCAAAUGCUUUUCAUGAAGCCAACCAGACAUGUUCCUUUGUUAAGUUAUUAUUUCUUCGAAGUUCGGUUAUUGUGCAUCUUCUCCUAUUCUUUUUAUUUGACCUUUACUCCCCAAGUAAAUUUUCAUCGCUUGGGAUUGUAAUGAUGCUAAAUGUACUCAAAUGGGUGUGUUUUGAUUACUCACAUAUUCAAUUUCAAGGUAUAAACUGACAACAGUUUAGAUUCUUGAUAGCAUU